AUGGCGGCCCUUCCCGGCACCGUCCCCAGGAUGAUGCGGCCGGCGCCCGGGCAGAACUACCCGCGCACCGGCUUUCCUCUGGAAGUGUCCACACCACUUGGCCAAGGCCGGGUCAAUCAGCUUGGCGGGGUCUUCAUCAACGGGCGACCCCUGCCUAACCACAUCCGCCACAAGAUAGUGGAGAUGGCCCACCAUGGCAUCCGGCCCUGUGUCAUCUCCCGCCAGCUGCGUGUCUCCCAUGGCUGUGUCUCCAAGAUUCUCUGCCGCUACCAGGAGACCGGGUCCAUCCGGCCUGGGGCCAUCGGAGGCAGCAAGCCCAGACAGGUGGCGACUCCGGAUGUGGAGAAAAAGAUCGAGGAGUACAAGAGGGAAAACCCAGGCAUGUUCAGCUGGGAGAUCCGAGACCGGCUGCUAAAGGAUGGGCACUGUGACCGCAGCACGGUGCCCUCAGGUUUAGUGAGUUCGAUUAGCCGCGUGCUCAGAAUCAAGUUCGGGAAGAAAGAGGAGGAGGAUGAAGCGGACAAGAAGGAGGAGGACGGCGAGAAGAAAGCCAAGCACAGCAUCGACGGCAUCCUGGGAGACAAAGGGAACCGGCUGGACGAGGGCUCCGACGUGGAGUCGGAACCCGACCUCCCUCUGAAGCGCAAGCAGCGUCGAAGUCGGACCACAUUCACGGCCGAGCAGCUGGAAGAGCUGGAGAAGGCCUUCGAGAGGACUCACUACCCGGACAUCUACACCCGCGAGGAGCUGGCGCAGAGGACCAAGCUGACGGAGGCGCGUGUCCAGGUCUGGUUCAGUAAUCGCCGCGCCCGUUGGCGGAAGCAGGCAGGAGCCAACCAGCUGGCAGCGUUCAACCACCUUCUGCCAGGGGGCUUCCCGCCCACCGGCAUGCCCACGCUGCCCCCCUACCAGCUGCCGGACUCCACCUACCCCACCACCACCAUCUCCCAAGACGGGGGCAGCACCGUGCACCGGCCCCAGCCCCUCCCGCCGUCCACCAUGCACCAGGGGGGGCUGGCCGCCGCGGCCGCCGACACCGGUUCUGCCUACGGAGCCCGCCACAGUUUCUGCAGCUACUCGGACAGCUUCAUGAACCCGGCGGCGUCCUCCAACCACAUGAACCCCGUCAGCAACGGCCUGUCUCCCCAGGUGAUGAGCAUUCUGAGCAACCCCAGCGCCGUGCCACCGCAGCCGCAGGCCGACUUCUCCAUCUCCCCGCUGCACGGCGGUCUGGACUCGGCCACCUCCAUCUCGGCCAGCUGCAGCCAGCGGGCCGACUCUGUCAAGCCGGGAGACAGCCUGCCCACCUCCCAGUCCUACUGCCCGCCCACCUACAGCACCACCGGCUACAGCGUGGACCCCGUGGCUGGCUACCAGUACGGCCAGUACGGCCAGACUGCUGUUGAUUACCUGGCCAAAAACGUGAGCCUCUCCACACAGCGUCGCAUGAAGCUUGGGGAACAUUCUGCUGUGCUGGGACUCCUGCCUGUGGAAACUGGCCAGGCCUACUAGGGACCCUGGGGCGACUUGCCCCAGACCAAGUCCCAGCCCAAUCCUUACUGAUCCCUGAGCCUCCCAGCCUCAGCCCUUUCAUUACCCUGGGGUCUCAGGAGGCCAGGAAAGGAGCCCAUUCCCUUCUCAUAGCCAGCCCUCUGGAGAUGUGCAGCCAGUCUACCGUUCACCUGUGUUUAGGAACCCAGAGCAACCCCCUUGGAGUCUGCCCCUCCACUCUCUCUCCAGGAGGGUUUCUGUCAGCCUGCAGCCAUUCCCCCAGUCAAAUCCUGUCGUGGCCUCUGUGCUAUCUCAGGCACAGAGGUGGAAGCUCACCCCGAAUAGAGCAACCUGGGCACCCAAAGGAGGAUGGUAUCUGGGAUGAGGUACUGGAGCCCUUUGGACCUGACUCCAGUGAGUACCCCGGCCAGAGGUGGGGGUGGAGCUCACAGGGUCCCUCCCAGCUGGAAGUGCUGGGAGCCAGCCCUCUCCUCCCAGGUGGAUCUCUGGCCCAGGGCCCGAACCACAGCCCAUUCCUCCUCUGGAUGCUGGGACGCCAGCAGAGAGGGGGCCCUAGUCCUGGCGUCUUCCCAGGGGAAUCACCCAGGAAUUCUGAGGACUCCAGGACCCUCCCCACACACCUCUGCUGGGUGUAGGGGGUGGGAAUCUAGCCAAGGUGGGGGCUCCAGAAGGACCAGGCAGAGGCUUACCCGGGGAGAGGGGCUCAUCAGCAGUGGGCGGCCAGCAGCCAAAGACCCAACCCAGGCACCCCGAGGCAGCAGGCUCCUAGACUGAAGUCCGGGUUCCAGCCUUGCUCACCCGUGCGGGGCCUAGGGAGCCCACGGGCUCUUCAGUUUCCCAUUCUCUGAAUCAGGCAGGAGGGGGAAGGGAGCAAGUCAUGUAUCGAGAGGCAGAGGGCAGAGGGCAGUCUCAGAAGGGCGUUGCUUAGCUGGGGUUCCUGUGCUUGUGGACAGCAGCCCUUUGUUGCCAGAGGCUUUAGUGCUGUGCCUUCAAGCCCACAACCCCUGGAGCUGCAAUUUCUCACAAAGCCUCCCUUGGAGACCUGAGCCUGUCCCCUCCAUGCCUGGCCCUCUGGUAAGGGCACCUUCAUCUGCCCCUUAAGCUGCUGGGGAGCAGAGGGCUUCCCUUGGAGCUCUGGAGGAGGGUUAUGGGACCAGCAGGGACUGCUUGUCCACAGGCAAAACCACAGA